AUGCGUUUGCCAUGCUCAGCUCUGGGAUUGCAAGCACUGGUUGAGCACCUGAAGCCCGUUUGGCACAUCCUCGUGCCGUACAACUUGCUGAGUGUCUUGUUCACUCUGGCUGUGCAGCUCUACGGGCCCUUCCUGCGGUCGAUGGUCGAAUGCACGGAGCAGGUAAAGCCUGGCGCAAAAUUCAGCGGCUCUACUCACUGCGGCAACUCUCACUAUGUCCUUUCUGUAGCACAAGCACAAGAGGGCAGGCUAGUUGCAAUGAAGCUUCUGGUGCAUGCUUUUGCGGGCCCGUUGCUUGCACUGUUGGCGGACAGUAUGGGGCGUCGCCCUAUCUUGCUGCUGGGGUUGACCGGCUUUCUGACAGCAUUCCUUUUGUUUGCUUUGGUGGCGUUUCUUCCAUCGCUGCAUGGAUCUAGCAGCGCAAUAUCACUUUGCUUCUUCCUGGAGGGUGCUACGAGUGCCUUUGACGUCGUGUUUUUGUCCAUGCUCGCAGACACAGCGAAGUCACCUGCAGCUCGCGUCACAUCAUUCUCCCUCUACUAUGCUACAGGAGCCUUCGGCAAUGCCAUUGCCAUCGGCAUCUUCGUGGAAGAGAUGAGCUGGGAAGUGAAGGAUUUCGGUUUCACAUGGGCCUCCAUGUCCCUUGCGAUGGCGAUGCUCAUCCUGUACGUACUGGCCUAUGUUCCAGAAACGCUCCCGUCUGCAAUGCUUCUGAAGUCGAAGCACUCGAAGCUGAAAGCUCCACACGCACAGCUCAUGGGACAGGCAAUAGAGCAAAUACAGUUCCUGGCAUCCAGUCGCUUUCUCCAGGUAUGGUUGCUGGCCGUGCUGUUAAAGUCUUCGGCAUCAGGAUUGUCAAGUAUCAAUGCCUCAUUCACUCUGGCUGUAUAUGGCUGGAAACCUGGAGACUGGCAAGCCUGGAUAUGGCCUUCUGAGAUCAUCUCUAUGAGUAGUUUGGGUAUUUUGGGACCAUGGGCUGGCCGAAAGAAGGCUGAGGCAGUUAUAUCUGUCACGGCGCUGGUGUCGGUAGCAGCUCACGUUCUGCAGAUGCUUGCACCGUUCCACGCUUUGGCGCUCCUUGGACCCCACUUCAUUGCCGGCAUCCUGGCGUUUGUGCGGCCUGUUUCAGCCGCGUACCUCAGCGGGCGAUUCCCGGCUUCUCAGCAAGCCAAAGUGCAAGCAAUCGCCCAUCUCAGCCACAACUGCGGCAUCUCCCUGUCCAUGGCGAUCUUCUCAUCGCCGCAGCUCUUCAGGCCUCAGGCUCGCGGCUGGGAUGCAGCUCGGCCGUUCUUGUGCGCCGCUCAGUCCUGUUGA